AAUGACAAUAGCUCAAUCCUCCCCUUCCAAACUCAUCACCUCAAUCCUCCCCUUCCAAACUCACUCUCUCACUAAAAUGGAAGAACAACAAGACCCACCCACUCUCACACUCCAAAUCCUCGCCGGUCCACGCAACGGAGAAACCCACCAAUUCGAACCUGGAUCCACCGUCAAAAUCGGUCGUGUCAUCCGCGGCAACAACCUCCCCAUCAAAGAUCCAGGUAUUUCCACCAAACACCUCACUAUCCAUUUCGAUUCCGGUAAUUGGAUUCUCACAGAUCUCGAUUCCUCUAACGGCACCGUUUUGGACAACGAACCUGUUCCUCCGAAUACUCCUUUUCAUCUCUGCGAUGGUUCCACCAUUAAGAUCGGUGAAGUUACUUCCAUCCUUGUCAAUUUCAUCAAUCCCCAAAGUAAACCUACGGAAACCAUGGUAGAAGAUAAACCAAUGAAGGGUAAAAAAGGGAAUAGUGGUAAAAGUGUUAAAUUUAGGGUUCCGGUACAGAGUAUUGAUGAAGAUGGAAUGUUGAAUGGUGAUGAUGAAGAUGGAAUUGUGGAUCGACCUGAACCAACGAAGGUUACGAGGAAUACGCGGAGCAGGAAAAUUGUUACUGAUUCUACUAAUGUGAAUUUGGAUCCUGUAGAACCGAAGAAUGCUAGGGCCACGAGGAAUUCGAAGAAUAAGAAGAAUGCUGUUGAGAUUUGUGAUUCCAGUAAUGGUAAUUUGGAUGAUGUGAAGGAGAAAGUAGAAGAAGUGAAGAAGAAUGUGAGGGUGACAAGGAAUUCGAAGAAUAAGAAGAAUGUGGCUAAAAUUUGUGAUUCAAGUAAUGGAGAUUUGGAGGGUGUGAAGGAGAAGGUGGAGGAAGUAAAGAAAAAUGUGAGGGUGACAAGGAAUUUGAGGAAUAAGAUAAAUAAAAUGGGGGUUUCUGAAUUGAGUGUUGGGGAUUUGGAUGGUGUGAAAGAGAAGGUGGAGGAGCCGAGGAGUGUGAGGAUGACAAGGAAUGUGAAGAAUAAAGGGGUUGUAAUUGGGGAAGAUUUGAGCUUGGUGGAUGGAGUGGAGAAUGUUGAGAAAAAGAAAACGAGGGGUUGUGCUAAGGGGAAGAGGAAGUUGCGGGAAGAAAUUGUUGGUGAUGGAGAUGGUAAAGAGAAUUGUGAUGAUGCUGAAGAAAAGGAGAAAUUGGAGGAAGAGUGUGUUGGUGAUAAAGAAAAGGAGAAGUUACCGGAAGAGCGUGUUGGUGAUGGAGAAGAUAAAGAGAAGGAGAAAUUACCGGAAGAGUGUGUUGGUGACGAAGAAGAUAAAGAAAAGGAUAAAUUACAGGAAGAGUGUGUUGGUGAUGAAGAAGAUAAAGAGAAGGAGAAAUCACAAGAGUGUGUUGGUGAUGGAGUUGGUAAAAAGAUUUAUGAUGCGAAAGAAAAGGAGAAUUUGAAUGGGGAUGAGAAUUGGCCUGAUUUGGAGAAGAUGAAUUUAGGUUGAAGACUUUUGUUGGAGUUGCUGCAAAAUCUGGUGGAACAUGAAUCAGUUAAUAUUCAUGAAUAAAAACUUCAUCCAGUGGAAGUAAGGCAAUUGUGUAUCUGAUCUGUAGCUUAGUAGUUUGGCAAGAGUAACUGGCUUAGUAAACUUUCAGACAUGAAAAUUGAAGGUUUCUGAACCUAAAAAAGCUGAUGCUAAAAAUGCUGCACCUGCAAAACAUGUGAAGGUUGUUGAUCCAAAGGAUGUGAAAGAUGAAGAUUCUGAUGAAUCUGAUAAUGAAAUUGGAAGCUCUGAUGAUGAGAUGGAGAAUGCUGAUAGUGAUAGUCAAGAUGAAGAUGAGAGUGAUGAAGAUGACGAGGAAGAGACUCCUGUGAAGAAGGUGGACCAGGGAAAGAAGAGGCCCAAUGAAUCUGCUUCAAAAACUCCAGUU